AUGAGCAUCGUCCUUGUGAUCGUGGUACUCAUCGUGCUCAAGAUCGUGUGGUUCCAGUAUUCGGGCUCCCCGAAUGUGUGCCUGACGAGCGCCUGCGAUGCCUACUCGCACCGGCUUCUCCAGUCCAUCAACACGUCAGUGGACCCGUGUCGUGACUUCACGCGGUUCGUCUGCGGCGGCUGGAAGCGAAGCCAGAACCUUGACGUCAGGGAGGAUCAGUUCAUCGUGUUCCUCGACAGGUUAGACGCGACGUUGAACGACGCGGACAUUCCUCUCACGGGACAAAAUGACGAGCAGCGAGCCGCUGCUCUGUACCGCAGCUGUGACGACGUGCUACAAGGAAAGAAGGACGAGAUGGCGGCUGUGAAGGCGGCGCUACGCGACGCUGGCAUCGUCUGGCCGCAGCACGCCCACGGAGGGGACGCUGUACACGCGCUGGUCUACAGUUCCAUCAAGUUGGGCUGGGACGCUCUUCUCUCUUUCGAUGUCACUACGCACCGAGGCGAGACGGUGGACGAGCUUGUCGUCGAUCCUGGAAGUUCAUUCCACUUUUUGGUGUCGAGGUCCAUGAGAGAAGAGUCGCCGGCUUCGAAGCGCGCGUACUUCCAAUUUCUGAGGAACCUGUUCGAGCUCAGAGGCCCGAGGAACACCAGCGCCGUGACGUACGAGCAGAUGCAGACCAUCGCAGAACCAGCACUUGGCGACCUCUCACUUCUUUACGACAGCUGGGGCAAGCCACGGCUCCCAGCCGACUGGUUUGCAAACUUGUCAAGCGCGGGCGUGACAGAAGCUCGCUGGCUAGAAGCCCUGCACAACGUCAGCGUCAGCCUGCGCGGCGGUCUGCGAAUCAAGACCGGAAAUCCCGGUUUUCUGGCCACGCUGUUGGGGCUCUGGACCCGCAUUGGCGAGGACUCCUUCCACCUCUUCGUCUCGUGGUGUACGGUCCAGGUCGCCGCGCUUUACGCGAACAAAGGCUCAAUUCUUAACUAUUAUGGCCAGAGUUCCGAGAAGGCGCAAGUCUACCACAGAGCCUUCUGUCUCAGCAGAGCCGCGGUGUUCUUUCGGAAAGCAUCCUUCGCAAGUUACAUCGAUAGCACCCUCCAGGAAAACAAGGUUUCCGGUGCGAAAGAAAUUGCACUGUCGGUGCGGCUUGCUUUUUCCCGGCGCCUCUCGAAGUGGGUUCACUUCGAUGAAAACAUAACGGUGCUCGCGAAUUGGACCUCCCUGGACACUGCUUUUCGUAGCUUCGAGUAUGACAAGGACGAGCACAAAACUUCUGGCGCAAAAAACGAUGUAAUGCCUGAUAUGUCAGAUUCUUUCGUCAACAACUGGCAGCUUUCGACGCUCGUCAACAAGCCAGAUGAAACGAAGCACUUAGAGUACGCGAUCUGCCACCUGAUGUUUUACGUCGUGCUCUGGAAAAGCCGAGACUUCCAGUUGAUGCCUUAUUCCCUGUCAGUCCUGUUUUUCGACCCGGACCUGCCAGCGUCUGUAAACUACGGGGCCUUUGGAAGCGAGAUCGUCGGCGCCAUCAGCUCCAUCUUCGUCGAAUCUUACCGCGAGAAGAGAAACGUGUCGAUGUACCUGAUCAAUUGUAUGAAACUGGGGCCGUCGGGAAGCGAGAUGUACACCGAUGACAAUGUGGUCCACGCUGUCGGUUUCAGCGCCCUUGUGGACGCAUACAAAAGAACCAAUGCUUCUUCAUCGUGGGCCAUUGAAGGACUCGAGCACUACACAGGCCUGGAGCUGCUCUUCAUGACUGCGUGCUUCAGCUUGUGUUCGGGAAGGAUCAAAGCAAAGCGCCACGAGUGUGAGCUUCUGGCUCAACACGUGCCCGAGUUUGAUGAGGCUUUUCGUUGCCCUCCAACAGACCAACGAAACCAAUCUUUUCAGUGUCAGCUACUGUGA